AUGUGCAGAUUCUUGGUGUACAAAGGACUCAAUGAGAUCCGUCUCAGCAAGCUCAUCACAGAGCCUAGUCACUCCAUUCUCACUCAAUCCUAUGACUCACGGUUAAGAUUGGAUAAUCGACGCCCCGUCAAUGGAGAUGGCUUUGGCGUAGGCUUCUACACAGACCCCAAGCUGGGACCUGAGCCGUGUAUUUUCACUUCCACGCUUCCGGCUUGGAAUUGCGAGAACCUAGAACGUCUGGCCUCGAAGACUUGCUCGAAUCUUAUCUUUGCUCAUGUGCGUGCAACCACUGAAGGCGCUCUUGCUGAGAAUAACUGCCAUCCGUUCCAGCAUCAGACCUUGAUGUGGAUGCAUAACGGCGGCAUUGGUGGUUUUAGUUACAUCAAGCGUUCCCUCGCAAGCUCACUUGCGGAUCGGUGGUUCUUGGGUGUCAAGGGUGGCACUGAUAGCGAGUGGGCAUUUGCGCUCUUCCUUGAUCUACUCGAGAAGGAAGGUGUAGAUCCAAGCUCUGACCCUGGGCCGGAGGGAUUCGGACAAGCCCUCCUACGCCGGGUGAUGAUGAAGACUAUUGCCAAGAUCAACGAGUUCGUGCGUCAGAUUCCCGAGAAGUAUAACAUUACCGGGGUCGAGACGCGGAGUUUGCUAAACUUUGCCUUGACCGAUGGACACACUGUUGUUUGUACUCGAUACAUCAGCAGCAAGACUGAUGAGCCAGCAAGUUUGUACUUUUCAUCAGGUACGAAGUGGAAAGAGGGCAGCACUAAGGGUCACUUCAAAAUGGAGCGUCACGACAAGGGUGCCGAUAUCGUGUUGGUAGCCAGUGAGCCGAUUACCUUCGAGCGACACAAUUGGGUUUCAGUUCCGACGAACUCAGUGGUUACAAUCCACAAGCAGACCGUGCUGCUUCACCCAAUUCUUGAUGAAUUCUAUAGCGAGGAUCUUAACCAUGACCGCUCCUCUUGCUAUGCGGUAUCAAAGGGCCUUGUCAGCAAUGCGCCUGGCACUACUAUCCCACCGCCAAAUGCCAACAAGACUUGCGCAUCGUCGGUAUCUCAACUAGAUGGAGCCGAAGCACCUCGACUAGGCCAUUCCGCCGAAUGUGCAUUAUCGCACUAA